CCCUGGUGGAGGGUGGACCUGCUGGAGUCGUACAUCGUCACUUCCAUCAUCAUCACCAACAGAGCAGACUGCUGCGCUGAAAGGCUCAACGGGGCAGAGGUUCACAUCGGCAACUCUUUGAAAGACAAUGGUGCCGCAAACCCAGUGGCUGCUGUUAUUCCUCACAUCCCAGUUGGCAGGUCUUUAAAAAUCACUUUUACCGGACUUGUGGAGGGACGUUUUGUGACUGUGGUUCUACCCGGUUUAAAAAGGAUCCUUACACUCUGCGAAGUGGAAGUCUACGGGUUCCAUGCCCCAACUGCAGAGAACCUGGCAAUCCAAGGAAAAGCCACACAGUCAUCGCUUCAUUCUACAGGCAUUGCAAGCAAUGCUAUUGAUGGGAAUCGAAACACCCUCUGGAGCCAGGCUUCUUGUACUCACACCGCAUCCGAAUUGAACCCUUGGUGGCGCCUGGACCUGGGCAAAACCCACAAAAUAUUUUCUGUUAACAUAACCAACUCCAGAGAUGUUAAUUUACAACUUGUUGGAGCUGAGAUUCGAGUUGGAGAUACUCUUCAGAACAAUGGCAACAGCAAUCCCAGGUGUGCUGUGAUCUCAAGAAUUCCUCCAGGUUUCACUGAAAGCUUUCAGUGUAACGGGAUGGACGGUCGCUACGUUAACAUCGUCAUACCUGGGAGAAGCGAUUACCUAGCCCUGUGUGAGGUGGAGGUGUACGGCUCCAGACUGGAUUAGGGCUUACACCGACAACAGCUCAAUCUAGGCACUUCCAGUUCAAGUCUUUCAAAGGACCAAGUACAGAGUGUUCUGGUACUUUAACAGGCGGCCGGUGCCCACAAGAAAGCCACCGGACCCCCAUGCUGACCCCCAAUGCGCUAUAAAGCUUCCCAAUGCUUCUAGUACUGGUAUGGGUAAUAUUGAAAUGAAUUAUGUUGUGAAUGUAUAUGUAUAAACGUUAUACUUUUGUAUUUGUACUGAUCAUACUGUGUUUUUUAAAGCUAUUGCUGAAUUGUUUUUGAAUAAGUUCAAGAUCUAUAAAACUGAGCUUUAGUACGGUCAUUGCCUGCAUUUAGAUAUUAAGAACAGUUCUCAACAGUCACCUGGACUCUGGAUAGAUGAAGAAAAUACAA